UUCCCGACCCUCCCGGGCGGCGGCGGCGGCGGCGGGGCCCGGCGGGGCCGGAGCGGGGCGGCGGGGCCGGACCCCCACGAUGCCGCAGCUGGAGCCCGCAGCCGGGGACGAUCUGGGGGCCCCCGACGAGCUCAUCGCCUUCCAGGACGAGGGCGAGGAGCAGGACAAGGGCGCGGGGCGCGGCUCGGCCCACGGGGACCUGGACGAGCUCAAGUCCUCCCUGGUCAGCGAGACCGAGAACCGCGGCGCCGGCUCCGGCUCUGGCUCCGACCCCGACCCCGAGGCGGAGCGGCCCCCGCAGCCCCGGGAAAGUUUCCAGAAGCCGCGGGACUAUUUGGCUGAAGUGGUCCGACGCCAGCAAGAUGGGGGUUUCUUUAAGGGCCCCCCCUACCCCGGCUACCCCUUCCUGAUGCUCCCCGAGCUGGGCAGCCCCUACCUCGCCAACGGAGCCCUGUCCCCCGGUGGCGCCCGCACCUACCUGCAGAUGAAGUGGCCGCUGCUGGACGUGCCCGCUGGUGCCACAUUGAAGGACAGCCGCUCACCCUCACCCGCACACUUGUCGAACAAGGUGCCGGUGGUGCAGCACGCCCAUCACAUGCACCCGCUGACGCCGCUCAUCACCUACAGCAACGACCACUUCUCACCGGGUUCACCCCCCGGGCACCUCUCACCCGAGAUCGACCCCAAGACGGGAAUCCCACGGCCGCCGCACCCCUCGGAGCUGCCCCCCUAUUACCCGCUGUCACCGGGAGCCGUGGGCCAGAUCCCGCACCCGCUGGGCUGGCUCGUGCCGCAGCAAGGGCAGCCCGUGUACUCCAUCCCUCCCGGUGGCUUCCGGCAUCCCUACCCUGCCCUCGCCAUGAACGCCUCCAUGUCCAGUUUGAUGUCCAGCCGCUUCUCCCCACACAUGGUCCCCCCCCCGACCCAUGCACUGCAUCCCUCGGGCAUCCCGCACCCCACCAUCGUCUCGCCCAUCGUGAAGCAGGAACCCAGCCAGCCCAGCGUCAGCCCCGGAGGCAACACGAAAUCCCCCGUCACUGUGAAGAAGGAGGAGGAGAAGAAGCCCCACAUCAAGAAGCCGCUGAACGCCUUCAUGUUGUACAUGAAGGAGAUGAGGGCCAAGGUGGUGGCCGAGUGCACGCUGAAGGAGAGCGCUGCCAUCAACCAGAUCCUGGGCAGACGGUGGCACUCGCUGUCGCGGGAGGAGCAGGCGAAGUACUACGAGCUGGCACGGAAGGAGCGGCAGCUCCACUCGCAGCUCUACCCAACGUGGUCAGCGCGGGACAACUACGGCAAGAAGAAGAAGAGGAAGCGGGAGAAGCUGGCACAGCAGCAACAGCAGCAACAGCAGCAUCAGAGCCACGACACAGACAGCUCCCUGGUAUCCAAGAGCAAGAAGCCAUGCGUGCAGUACCUGCCGGCCGACAAGCCCUGCGCCAGCCCUGCCUCAUCGCACGGCAGCAUGCUGGACUCGCCCGCCACGCCAUCGGCAGCGCUGGCAUCGCCGGCCGCGCCGGCAGCCACGCACUCGGAGCAGGCGCAGCCGCUGUCGCUCACCACCAAGCCGGAGGCCAGGCUCGGCGUGCAUUCAGCCACCUUCCUCUCGGGCAAAGCCUCCUCUUCCUCCUCCUCCUCAAGCCUCAGCAGCCCGCCCUCGCUCCUCUCCAGACCCAUCCCCUUCACCUCAGUGCCCUCCACGCCUCUCCUAUCCUCGCCUCCAUCCUUCGCGGCCACCAUCCCGUCCCCACCGGCUGCUCUGGCCGUGCUGCAGACGCAGCCCCUCUCCUUGGUCACCAAACCUGCUGACUAAGGGAAAACCUUGUUCCGUCCCCCACCCCUGCUUCUCAGCCCCGGCCCGUCCGUCCCCUCCCUGCUGUACAUUGCAGAAGCCACAAUCAAGAUUCAAACGCAGCCAAAACCGUUAUUGGUCAAUAUUUGACCCUUUCUGAACUCUUUUGUAAGCAGACUCUGGAGGAAGGGGCUUUCUGCUCACACCUAAAGACCGUUUUUAUUAAUAAAAAAGCAAAAAACCACAAAAAAAAAGAAGAAAAAGCCCUUCCAUAAGCUGCCCAUGAUGGAAACCUG